CACCAUAAAUCUACAUACCUUGAGCGUAUGAAAAGUGCGGCAUUUUGUGUGCUACUGUGCGCUGCUAUCGUCGGCGAAUAAAUUGUGAAUAUCGGUUGUACAAGCUGUACUUCCAAUAGCAUUUAGUACAAAAAUAGUACUGUUCGACUUGUCCGCCGUCGUUGAAGGAAAAAGAGAAGCUAAACUGUUCCCUUUUUGCUGUACACAUCGGCAUAAGUUUACCGGCGGAAUAUCGCAUUCAUUGAACUGCUGAACGCCGCUUUGACAAACGCACACACAUAUACAUACAGCGACGCGCGCGCACGUAGCGUCGGAAAGCAAAAACGGAACGAUUUGCGGCUAGGCACAAAACCCAGCCAAACACGUACCGCCGCUGGACUCGUCCAUUGUAAGGUUAACGGAUUUGGCGGGAGCGUAAAAAACCCGAACGUUGAACACUUCCAUUCCUUGCUACCGGAGUGUGGUAAAUCAGAUUGCAUCAAAAUGGGUGAUCGGGCAGAUGGUGCGGAAGCAUUCGAUGAUGCGGUCGAGGAGCGUGUCAUUAAUGAGGAAUACAAAAUCUGGAAGAAAAAUACUCCAUUCCUGUACGAUUUGGUUAUGACACACGCGCUCGAAUGGCCCUCACUAACCGCCCAAUGGUUGCCGGAUGUGACGAAGCCGGAAGGAAAGGAUUACUCGGUGCAUCGGCUCAUUCUCGGUACGCACACAUCGGACGAGCAGAACCAUCUUCUGAUUGCGAGCGUACAAUUGCCGAACGAGGACGCACAGUUCGACACGGGUCAUUACGAUAACGAGAAGGGUGAGUUUGGUGGGUUCGGUUCGGUAUCGGGAAAGAUCGAAAUCGAGAUCAAAAUCAACCACGAAGGUGAAGUUAAUCGAGCCCGGUAUAUGCCCCAAAAUCCGUGCGUAAUUGCCACCAAAACACCGUCGAGUGAUGUGCUUGUGUUUGAUUACACGAAGCAUCCGAGUAAGCCGGAACCGAGCGGAGAAUGUCACCCAGAUCUGCGGCUGCGUGGACACCAGAAGGAGGGCUACGGACUGUCUUGGAAUCCGAAUCUGAACGGGUAUCUACUGUCGGCGAGCGACGAUCAUACCAUCUGCCUGUGGGACAUAAACGCUACACCGAAGGAGCAUCGGUUGAUCGAUGCGAAGAACAUCUUUACCGGGCAUACGGCCGUGGUGGAAGAUGUGGCUUGGCAUCUGUUGCACGAAUCGCUGUUCGGUUCGGUAGCUGACGAUCAGAAGUUAAUGAUAUGGGAUACGCGAUGCAACAACACCUCGAAACCGUCCCACACGGUCGACGCACACACGGCCGAGGUGAACUGUCUCAGCUUCAAUCCGUACUCGGAGUUUAUACUGGCGACCGGGUCGGCCGACAAGACGGUAGCCCUGUGGGAUCUGCGCAAUCUUAAGCUGAAGCUACACUCGUUCGAAUCGCAUAGGGAUGAAAUUUUCCAGGUCCAGUGGUCACCGCACAAUGAAACCAUUCUCGCAUCGUCCGGUACGGACCGUCGGCUACACGUGUGGGACCUGUCGAAGAUUGGCGAGGAGCAGAGUGCGGAAGAUGCGGAAGAUGGACCACCGGAACUGCUGUUCAUACAUGGUGGCCACACGGCAAAGAUAUCCGAUUUCUCGUGGAAUCCGAACGAACCGUGGGUUAUCUGUUCGGUGUCGGAAGAUAACAUUAUGCAGGUGUGGCAGAUGGCGGAAAACAUGUACAACGAUGAGGAUCCGGAUGUGCCAGCGAGUGAAAUUGAGGGUGGUGCACCGUAACCAGAUCGCGUUCGUCUGUGGGUUUUUUUAAAUCAUUCGCUACAUUAUUUGAAAAUGGGGGUUCACUUCCCGACACAGCUUUUCGUUCUAAACUUUAUGUUAUCCAUCUUUCCGUUUUUUUUUAUUUACUCUCUGCACUCUGCGUCUGCAGUGGUAUGAUAUAACCGACAGUGCUCAAAUCUCAACGUUCCAGAGGACGUGAGGGGGUACUGUAUCAGCAUAUGUUUUUAAAAAUAAAAAAAAAGUUCAUUUUACGGACACACCUUUAUGUAGAAUCUCCUUCCAUUGGUACAACUACAUCCGGUGAAAGGAAUAAUCGUAACAUUCAAUAAAACAAAUCAAAUUCUGAAAAAAAAACAGUGACACAAAUCUAUCUUUCAUUGAGGUUGAGGUGUACUUAGGCUUGUUAGAAUUAUGUUUACUACACGGAUUGAUGGUCAAUUCUUUCAGGCUAGAUCAUCAUCCACUGUAGUACAUCUAACACCAAAAGCAAACAACACUGUGAACCGUGAAGAAUUUGCUUCCAAACAAAACAAAUCAUUUGUAUCGAGGAUUCGUUAUAUAUUAUGUUUAUUUCAUGAUGGAUUA